GCAUCCCGUCGCUCAGCAUCCUUCGUUGCGCUCAGCAUCCCACGACGGCCUUAAAAGCAACGAACGGAUCAGACACGAGCGAUCACAUCAUGUAGGCUGCUGGUGUAGUCAUGAAACAGCUAAACUAUUUCAGAUAAACGAGUAUAAUCGACAUCAAUUGUUUAUUUGUGCUAAUAAUCGAAUCGGAGCGAGCCCAUCCCUCAAAAUGGCUGAGAUCACCGAAAUACGAGCAGCGUACGAUAUGUCCCCGGUUCUGGCCGGGUUCAUUGGUGCUGGCGUGUUGGUCGUUGCUGUCAUUGCUUUAAUUUUUGUGUGGAGUUGCUGUCAAAAACACUACAACAGGACGAACUACAAGCUCCACGGCAUCCAAUCGGAACAUGGUGACCUUCUAACAGACCCUCCGUACAAGUUUAUUCACAUGCUGAAAGGAAUGAGCAUCUACCCCGACACGCUAACCAGCAGCAACAGGAUCAUACGGUUGGCCCGCCAGGCCAGGCCUCACACCACCGACGGGGAUCCGAUCAGCAGUGACCACGCAGCGGUGUUGGUAGAUAUGGAUUCAGCAGCGGAAGGCGGCCUGAUGGGAGAUAAAGAGAUGCAGAUGAGACUCGGGGAAGGUGCCAGUGAGGUUCCCAGGCUAGAGAGAGAACUUCCUGUGUCUGCCGAUUACUGCUGUCUGGAUAGCAGUUCUGCAAGCAGCAGUCAGACCUCCAGUACCACUGUUUCCAGUACAGCCACACCCUUUACCCCUGAUGAUGAGCCUAGGCGCGGGGAUCUUAGCAUUGCCGUCGACUAUAACUUCCCAAAGAAGGCCUUAGUGGUCACCAUUCUGGAGGCUCGGGGAUUACCGCCUGUGGAAGGCCAAUCAGGCAGCGCGGACCCCUAUGUAAAGAUGACAAUUCUACCAGAGAAGAAACAUCGUGUGAAGACCCGUGUGCUGAGGAAGACUCUGGAACCUGCGUUUGACGAGACCUUCACGUUUUAUGGCGUGCCGUACAGUUCACUGUCAGAUCUAACAUUGCACUUCCUGGUUCUGAGCUUUGACCGGUUCUCACGAGACGACGUGAUUGGAGAGGCGAUGAUCCCGCUGGCAGGAGUGGAUCCCAGUACGGGACGUGUUCAUAUCACUCAGCAGAUCACUAAGAGAAACAUGCAGUGUGAAAGCCGCGGAGAGCUCCUGGUCUCUCUUUCCUAUCAGCCUGUCUCUCACAGACUCAGUGUGGUGGUGUUAAAAGCAAAACAUCUUCCAAAAGUAGACAUCACUGGUCUGUCUGGCAAUCCCUACGUGAAGCUGAACGUCUUCUAUGGCCACAAGCGCAUCGCCAAGAAAAAAACGCAUGUGAAAAAGUGCACACUUAACCCUGUGUUCAACGAAUCCUUCAUCUACGAUGUGCCGGCCGAUUUACUGCCAGACAUCUCCAUUGAGUUCCUGGUCAUGGACUUUGACCGCACCACUAAAAACCAGGCUCUGGGACGCCUGGUGCUCGGCACAAACAGCCCCUGUCCCUCUGGCGCCGCCCACUGGCAAGAGGUCUGCCAGAAUCCACGACGCCAAAUCUCAAAGUGGCACACCCUCAUUGAAUAUUAGAGCUUCAGUGCACUCUCUCUCUGUACACACGCUCAGACGCAGGCACACAGAAAACAUGAUUUAAUAACAGGAUGCCUUUGUUGCCAACUUUAAAGAGAAGGUAACUGAUCUUCAAGAGGACUUGUGCGACAAAAAAGGACUUAAGCCAACUUGUGCAUCAUUCCUGUUGUGAUGAUGGGCCUCGGAAAUAAUCUUUUUAAAAGAAAUAUGACACUAAUUCUGUACAAUACAGACAGUUUCUCAAUCGUAUGCACACCAGAAGUAUAAAUCAGAACACAAACAUGCAUCAUAAAUCCUAAUAACCGAGACCAAAAUAUAAUAUGACAUGACAUGUUGACAGACUGUUACAAGUUUAUUCUGAGGUUUCUGUAAUUGUUCAUCUGAAACCGUACAAUGUCUAAGUAAACAGACCUGCCCAUGCACUGGCUUUCUCUGCACUUAUCGCAUGUCUUAAUGCUUCAUGUUUCACCCUGAAAACACGACAAAACAGGGCAUUGUGUGUACUGUGGCUCUGUGAUGCUGUCACACAUUAAAUAAGCAUCAUCAUCUCUAUGUGUGCUGUAUUUUCAAACAGCCUGUGAGCUCUUUUUUUUUUGGUGUAGGGAAUUAAAUUUCUCUGCCUAUCCUGUUACUCGCAUUCAGAUGACCUUGUGAUGAUCAGUUCAUGAUUCAUACUGAUUCUCCUUUGAAUCAGCAUGGCACUGAUAUGACGCAAAGGUUGUAUGAUCUACACUAAAAGAUGAUUUGUUCUGUUCUACUCUGACCGUAAUGUUAGAAACAGACAUUUUAGAGAUUCUUGCCGUGUCACAUUCUCCACAGCUAUAAUAACCCUUUAGGAGCAGACUUAUGCUUGUGCACAGAUUUCUGCAUUCACCUUUGAAAAAUCUGGCCCUGAAAAUGAUUAUUCUGCACUGCUUUGCACUCUGAAUGUCAAUUUUUAAAAUUUCAUACACCAGAGCUUCAUCUUACUAUUUGACAGAGCUCCACUGUUUUAUAGAUUUCUUUAUUAUGCCAUUACAUUAGAUUCUCUUUUAUCUGUGGUUUUAAAUGUGGAUUAUAUAGAGAUAGACACAGAGGUGUAAAGUACCCAAGUAUUUUUUACUUUACUCAAGUAUAUUUUUUCAAGUAUCUGUACUUUAUCAGUUUGUUUUUCCUUUGGCGAACUCUUACUUUAAUACAUUCCGAUGCAUAAUACUGUACUUUUUACUUGACUACAUUUCAUAAAAACUAGUAAUUCUUACCUUUAAUACUUUACUUUUAUAUAAACUUUUACUUCAGUUAAAGUAAUUAAAGGGAUAGUUCAUCUAAAAAUGAAAAAUCUGUCAUUAUUUACUUACUCUCAUUUUUACAAACUUGUAUCAAUUUUUUUGCUCUAAUGAACAC